UUACAGCGCAGCUUUGGCUCCACGUUAGCAUCGCUGGUUCAACAAGCGGGGACUGAAAGUAGCUUGUCCUCUUAUUCUUUAGCAGUUAAGAGAAUCUUGUGAAAUCGUUUUCUCGUUUUUGUGCUACACUGUGAACUAGCCUGAGUGUUUGGAGGCGGAAGAGCGGCAGCAAUGAGGAGCUGGCUAACGUAGCGCCGAGGUUAGCCAGCUAGCCAGCUAGCAGCAGCAGCUAACGUCUCACUCAGCAUCCAGCGCAGUGAAACAGGAACCACCGCGGCCCCAUGGGUGCGGAGAGCAGCGCGGUGCGGAGCUGCACCCUGGAGGAGCCGCUCCUCACUCUGCCCUCCGGACUCACCAUGUACUCGGCGGUGCUCCAGGAUGCGAAGCCCGCUUCUGUGUUUGUUCACAAGCGGGGCAAUGAAGACAAAGUCAACAAAGCUGCCAAGCACCUGAAGACACUGAGGCAUCCAUGUCUGCUGCGCUUCCUGUCCUGCUCGGUGCAGGAUGGCGGCAUCCACCUGGUAACUGAGCAUGUGCAGCCCCUGGAGCUGUUGCUGGACAGCCUCUCCCCAGAGGAAAUCUGUGCAGGCAUCUACGACUUGCUGCAGGCGCUGGUCUUUCUGCACGAGAGGGGUAAAUCGAGCCACAACAACGUCUGUAUUUCAUCUGUGUUCGUCAGUGAAGACGGCCAUUGGAAGCUGGGAGGGAUGGAGACUGUCUGCAAGUUCUCUGAAGCAACUCCUGAGUUUCUCACGAGCAUUCAGAAUGCGAGGGAAGCCAGCUGUGUUCCUCCUGAAGAGCAGGCUGAGGGCUUUAAAAUGCUUCCGGAUAAACACGCCCACUCUCGGGACUGUUACUCCUUUGGAAUGACGGUGGAGGCCCUGGUUCCUCUCCUGAAUGGCUAUGUGUCACAGGAGCUGUCUGACAGCCUGACCAAGACCCUGCAGGCCGGCCCGCUCAACUCGGACCCGUUGUCUCGACCUCCGCUCAGCUCCUUGCUGACUCACGACUUCUUCAGGAACGACUUCCUGGAAGUGAUGAAUUUUCUGAAAAGCCUGACCCUGAAGACGGAGGAAGAAAAGAAUGAGUUCUUUAAGUUUCUUUUAGACCGGGUCCAGAGCCUUCCUGAAGAGCUCAUGGCAGCGCGCCUCGUUCCCAAACUCCUCAACUCUCUCGUUUUUGCAGAACCCAUGGCUGUCAAAAGCUUCCUGCCUCAUCUUCUAAGGCCAAAGAAGGAUCCCAGUGGGGGUGGUAGCAGCGAGGACUGCCUGCUGUCUGUGUCCCUGUACCGUAAACAUGUGAUUCCCCAGCUUCUGAAGCUCUACAAGGUCAAUGAAGAACACGUCCGGAUCGUGCUGCUGGCUCACAUCCACAUCUACGCCGAGUUCUUCUCCCACGAUGAACUCAAAAACCAGAUCCUACCUCAGGUUUUGUUGGGGAUGAGAGACACCAGUGAUUCUCUGGUUGCCAUGACGCUGCAGAGUCUGGCGGUGCUGGUGCCCCUGCUGGGGGCUCAGGUGGUCGUUGGCGGAGAGAGAACCAAGGUCUUUAAACGCACCACGCCCAACUUCACCAAGUCGACAGAAGUCACCCCUGAAACUUCACCUGUCCAUAUCGUUGGAGGCUCCCACCCUCAGAUGGCCCAGCCUUCCAAAGUACUGAAUCUGUUCCCUCGACCGACAGGGACUGAAGGCUUGGUUCUCGGUCACAUGGCUAACUUAGCAGGCACUAGGGACACACCGAGGGCGAUCGCACCAAUAUCAGACGUCAGCAGACAGAUGUCUCUACCCUUGAAUGGCUUUGGUCAGGACAGCGCCAUGGAGCCGCUGUCGUACAGCCCAGAGCGGCCCAACGGACUGGAAGGCACCGUGGAAGACUGGCCUGACUGGAAUGACCCCGAGGAGAGCGAGAAAAGAGACGGACAGUCGGUCCAGAUCCACAUUCAGGCCUCAAAGACAGUUGAACCGGUCGGCGGCAGACUCACGCUCGCUCAUCAGAACACAGAAGAGGAGCCGUGGGAUGACUUCGAGGACACUGAACCUACCUCAGAUCUGUCCCCCACAGCUCCCUUAUCAGACCCGGUCAUACUUAUGCCACCCAGAGGGGGCACAUCUGCAAAACAUGCCCCCGAAGCACAGAGACUGGGCUCCUCCAAACCCCUUAAACUGACCUCAACACUGCGACAAUCGACACCGAGCAAGACCUCUUCCUCGUGGGACAGCGGCUGGACUCAGGAGGAAAUUGACUCUCAGAAAUCACACAACUCAUCCAACUCCACGCCCAAACCUGCAGUGCCACAGAAGAAUGGUGGGAUAGGAGACCUGGGGGAGGAGUUCACCAUCAAGGUGAAGAAAAAGGUAGCGGCAGACCCGGAGCUGGAUCUGUUUGCAGACAUGGUGCCUGACAUCAAGCUGUCCUCUCCGGUUCUGCUGCCGCUGGAGGAGAGCAGCGCGUCAUCUUCAGACAACGCCGGAUGUCUGCAGGUCGACGCAUCCAUCGAUACUUUAACACUCACUGCCAAGUUUGCAGCGGCCAACAUCGCUGAGACUGAAACAGAUGGCUGGGGAGACGGAGAUGACCUGAACUGGGAGGAUGAGAGCGCCUGGUAAUGACGUCUGAUGCAUCAUUUCCAUCUGGAUCGAAAGACUAAACCACUGGAAAACUCCAUGCACCACAUCUGGAGGGCCACUUCUCAGCAGACCAGGAACGUGGAAGUAGCUUCUCAUUUGACACGAUGCAGUAAGAACGAUGACGACUGGGACGGCCUGAGACUUUUUGUAGUCCGUUCUCCGCCGUUUAUUAUCACUAACGUUCGUGAUGAGAACGUGCGUUGGAACCGGACCAGCUGGCUGCUGAUCAGAUGGUGCUGGACUUGGACACUAGAAGCCAUUCGUACAUGUUUGCCAAUUGAUAUUAUUCACCUCAACGUGAUCUUGCUCAGAGGUGAAUGUCAUCCUGUUUGCAUCUGCUCUCUUCUAAUUUGUUGUAAACGUGCCAACUUCACUACUGGCAUUAAGAUGCAUUUGUUGGCAAGACGUGUCCAGAAGGAAUCAGGUUUGAUUAGCAGAAGGCUUGCACUUUGAAUGAAUGUGAAAUAGGAAUUACAUAAUUUAUUCGUAGCGUUUUGGUUGCUGGUGAAAUAAACAUUUUCCUGUACCA